AACUCGUAGAUGUAACAACGGUAUCAACCUUAAAAUCUAGUAUGACGUUUAUUAUACAAGCAUCUGCUUGCGUUAUAUCAAAAUACAGUGCUUUUAGUGAUCGGCUCGAACGUUUCAGUUAAAUUUCAAUUGAAUUAAAUAAGGAGCCAUUUUCCUUGCAAGUUCCAAGUUAUACCAUCAAGCUGUGAGAAGCACAAUGACGGAUUUAACAGGGUUACGAAUGAACGUGGCCGCUCUGAAACGGGUAGACCCCUACGCAAAGGAUAUUCUGGAGACUGCGACGCACGUAGCACUUUAUACUUUUAACGCAGUUAAUAAUGAGUGGGAGAAAACCAAUAUUGAAGGUGCUUUGUUCAUAUACUCGCGAAAUGGCGAACCGUAUAACAGUGUUCUUAUCAUGAACAGAUUAAAUACAAAUAACCUAAUUGAACCAGUAACACAGGGUUUGGACUUGCAACUCCAAGAACCCUUUUUACUAUAUAGAAAUUGCAGAUGCAACAUUUAUGGCAUUUGGUUUUAUGAUAAAGAAGACUGUGCUCGCAUUGGUGCAAUGUUGCACAAACUUAUUAAAGAGUCAGAGGAAUGUCGCAAGACUUAUAAUAAACUUGCUGUUAAUGUGACAAAGGAUAGUGGCUCUAAUAUGAACAAUGUUGAUAUAUUCAGUAUGCUUAGUAAAGCUCAAGAAGAUUUUAAUAUUAAUAGAAUUAAUAGUAGUAGCGGAGGUGGAGGUAGUAUAAAAGAAGGAUUUAGCAUUAAAUCUCCUUUGUGUACUCCUAUAACAGACGAUGUAUCUGGUCCACUGACUGCUCCAUUAGGACCAGAUGUUACUUCACAAAGCGUAAUGGACUUUUUUGCAAAGGCAAAAGUUAAUACUGGGCAUUUUAAGGCUGGAGAUCAGCCUACUUCUGGAGCUACUGCUACAAACGAAAGUAAACCCUUGCUUGCUCGUUUAAUGUCACAUCCAGCAGCUCAUACAGUCGAACAUAUCGAGAAACAACAUAGAUCUAUAACUCCUCAAUCGGUUACUCAACAACCAUCCGAAUCAACUCCAAAGACUGUAACGUCUGUUAACAGUCCUGGUGAUAUAUCUUCAAACAGAACCAAAAAACGUAGCAGAACUGCUUCUCAUCAAGAUUCAAUUUCUACACCUACGUCUCUAACUCAAGAAGUCCUAUCGUCUAUGGAUCAAAGUGCCACAGACACGAAUGGUACAACAGAAUUCCUUAGGAUACAAUCACCUACAAAUGUAUCAUUCUCUGCUUCAACAGAUCAUCAUACUUCAGAAAUUGGAUGUAGUAACUCAAAUCCACUUGCAUCUUUGUUUGCUCAUGCAUCUGCAACAUCGGCAUCAGAAGAUAUUAUUACGGCUCCCACUCUAUCAGGAAGAGGAUCGGCACCAGCAUUAAUCCCUCCUGUUAUGUUUGCUGCUCCUAGUCCGCCUGAACUCUUAGUCAGACCGCUAGAACCGUUGUCCAAAAAUCAACUUAUUCGGGCUUUUAAUUAUCUGUUACGAAGUGAUCCGGAUUUUAUCAACAAACUUCAUGAAGCUUAUAUUAAAUCAUUUGGUGAAAUUCUGUCCUAGAACCACGACUUGUUAAUUGGUGUAAUUGAAACCUGUCAUGCGGGUUGUGACGGUCGACUGAUUAUAAUAUCGAGCGAAACCUAGUAUACUCUAUGUUUCAUGUAUAUAGAUGGAUCACAAUGUCCUGCUCGAAUUUCAUUUGAACUUGACUGGUAGCCCAAUUUUCGGGAAGAACAAAUCAUAGAUACAAAUAAAGAUACAUACCUUAAGCAGUAUUUUUAUAAACUAAUACACUUUUUCCCAAGAAAAGGAGUCAAAUGGAUCGCGGAUGUGCAAUAAGGUAUGAGACGAGUGAAAAUUGUAGCAGGGAACGCGACGAAGGAUGUGAAAAUUGUACGAUUUUAAACUGUGAUGCCAAAACAUUUAUAUUAUACUAACAUUUUAUUGUUACUAUUUCGAAACGAGACGAGACAAAUUUUCUGAGCUGAUCAAAUAGAUUACCUAUUUUACGGAAUAAUGACAUACCCUUCCUAUGUAUCGGGUAUCGACAUGGUAUGUGUAUGUAAUUGAUGAAAGGAGGAAAAUAAAUAGAGACCGAUUACUGAAAAAUUAUUUCAAUGUAU